AUGGUCCACUCGUCAACGCCUAGGUCUCGCGCCAAGGUAAAGGCAAAGGGAGAAGCAAGGCCUCUCUCAGAACUUGCAGAGACGUACAGGAAACAACUCGUCGUUUUCGGCCUCGGUGUGGCGGUCAUGGGCGCAUACAUCGCCAUGCUCAUCCGCAGCAUGACCAGGGACCCCUGUGCCGACCAGACGCCGCAUGGCCAGCACAGUGACGUCCCCUCUGGUCGGCCUCUGGACCUUCGAUCCGGCAAGAUCACCGCCUCAGCCUUUGAUCGGGAGCAGGAUUGGAACGAGUGGAUCAUGGGUAUCACGGGCCUGCGCAAGCUCAUGGGUGGGCUCGCAAGGGGCCACGUCCUCGAGGUCGCAGUGGGCACCGGCCGCAACAUCGAGUACAUGGACUGGGACGAGAUCAAGAGCGCCGCCCCGCGCCCCGCGGACGAAGGGACCGGCUUCGCGCCAAACCCCAGGUCGCCAGACGAGCUGCACAGGGACCGUGUGAAGAGGAGGAUGGACAAGGGAAAGAAGGGCCUGGUCCUGCCGGGGGACGACGCCCCAGAGGUCUUGAGCUUCACCGGCAUCGAUGUGUCUGCCGAUGUGCUGGAGGUGACCUGGACGAAGCUGAAGAAGGCCGUGCCAGAGCUGAUCCCCAGACGCAGAAGGAAAGCAAGUGAAGGGCAGGAGACACAGCAUGAGAGACAUCAGCAGCAGCAGCAGCAGCAGACGUCUGUUGAAGAAAAGAAGCCCGUUACGUUUCGGAACCCGUUGAAGGCCUUGUCAGAAUCCAAGAUGCCGGCUCCUGCACGACAUCCUGCGUCUGCUGAUGCGAGCCAGUCAGGGGAUCAGGCCCUGGCUGCCAAUAUUGGCAGUGGCCGCAUCCGCCUGUUCAAGUCGGAUGCACAGUCCCAGCUUCCCUCUCCACCGUCUAUGCUAGCCCCGGAUGCUGCAACGACGUUACCCGCGCCGCGCUACUUCGAUACCAUCCUUCAAAACUUCGCAAUCUGUUCCGUGGCUGACCCACACAAGUUGCUAGCCAACAUGGCCCGCGUGCUACGGCCCGGUUCCGGCCGUAUCUAUCUUUUGGAGCACGGGCGCGGCCGUUACGAUUGGAUCAACGGCCUGCUGGACAAGUUCGCCCCCUCGCACUUCGACAGGUACGGGUGCUGGUGGAACAGAGACAUCGAGGAGGCUGUGCGAAGGGCCGAGAGGGAGGUCCCGGGGCUCGAGGUUGUCAGAAUCGAAAGGCCCCUCUGGACACAGGGCGGCACCAUGUACUGGAUCGAGCUCAGGGUCAACGCGCAGAAGGAACACGGAAGCGGCAGCGGCAGCGGCAGCACGCCAGCGGAUGCUCCUGGGCAGCCCACAUCCCGGCUCGCCUCGUGA